AGGGAGGGGCGGCGGCGCGAGCGGCGGCGGCGGUUCCAGCAUGAAGAGGAGAGCUGGCCUGGGGGGCAGCAUGAGGUCAGUGGUGGGCUUCUUGUCCCAGCGGGGCUUGCAUGGGGACCCCCUGCUCACUCAGGACUUUCAGAGGAGACGCCUGCGGGGCUGCAGAAACCUCUACAAGAAGGACCUCCUCGGCCACUUCGGCUGUGUCAAUGCCAUUGAAUUCUCCAACAAUGGAGGCCAGUGGCUGGUCUCAGGAGGAGACGACCGCCGGGUUUUGCUGUGGCACAUGGAACAAGCCAUCCAUUCUAGGGUCAAGCCCAUACAGCUGAAAGGAGAGCACCAUUCCAACAUUUUUUGCUUGGCUUUCAACAGUGGGAACACCAAAGUAUUUUCUGGAGGAAAUGAUGAACAAGUUAUCCUCCAUGAUGUUGAAAGCAGCGAGACCUUGGAUGUGUUUGCUCAUGAAGAUGCAGUAUAUGGCUUGUCAGUGAGCCCAGUAAAUGACAACAUUUUUGCCAGCUCUUCAGAUGAUGGUCGAGUUCUCAUUUGGGACAUCCGGGAGUCUCCUCAUGGAGAGCCUUUCUGCCUGGCAAACUAUCCUUCAGCCUUUCACAGUGUCAUGUUUAACCCUGUGGAGCCCCGGUUAUUGGCCACAGCCAAUUCAAAGGAAGGAGUGGGACUUUGGGAUAUUCGAAAACCUCAGAGUUCUCUCCUGCGCUACGGUGGCAAUCUAUCCCUCCAAAGUGCCAUGAGUGUGCGAUUCAACAGCAAUGGGACCCAACUCUUGGCCCUGAGGCGUCGCCUGCCUCCUGUGCUGUAUGAUAUCCACUCCCGCCUGCCUGUGUUCCAGUUUGACAAUCAGGGUUACUUUAAUUCAUGCACCAUGAAAAGCUGCUGCUUCGCAGGAGAUCGUGACCAGUACAUCCUUUCAGGCUCUGAUGACUUCAACCUGUACAUGUGGAGAAUCCCUGCAGACCCAGAAGCAGGUGGCAUUGGAAGGGUGGUCAAUGGAGCCUUCAUGGUGCUGAAAGGGCAUCGAUCUAUUGUUAACCAGGUCCGAUUUAAUCCCCACACCUACAUGAUCUGCUCUUCUGGUGUAGAAAAGAUUAUCAAGAUAUGGAGCCCAUACAAACAGCCAGGAUGUACCGGAGACCUUGAUGGCCGCAUUGAAGAUGAUUCCCGCUGCCUCUACACCCAUGAAGAGUACAUCAGCCUGGUGCUGAACAGUGGGAGUGGCCUGUCCCAUGACUACGCCAAUCAGUCUGUCCAGGAGGACCCCCGGAUGAUGGCAUUCUUUGACUCCCUGGUCCGCCGAGAGAUCGAGGGCUGGAGCUCGGACUCGGACAGUGACCUCAGUGAGAGCACCAUCCUCCAGCUGCACGCAGGGGUCAGUGAGCGCUCCGGCUACACUGACUCGGAAUCCUCGGCCUCGCUGCCCCGCUCUCCACCCCCCACCGUGGAUGAAGCCGACAGUGCCUUCCACCUGGGGCCCCUGCGUGUCACCGCCACACCUGCAGCAGCGUCCACCCCACCAGCCCCUUCCUGUGAGGACUCUGCCUCUCGCCAACAGCGCCUCUCAGCUCUGCGGCGUUACCAGGACAAACGCCUUCUAGCCCUGUCCAAUGAGUCAGAUUCAGAGGAGAACGCCUGUGAGGUCGAGCUGGACACAGACCUCUUCCCCCGGCCCCGCUCACCCAGCCCUGAGGAUGAGUCCAGCAGCUCCAGCAGCUCCAGCAGCUCCGAGGAUGAGGAGGAGCUGAAUGAGCGCCGCACCUCCACUAGGCAGCGGAACGCUGCACGGAGGAGGCAGAAGACGCUUCGGGAGGAGAGGCCUGGUGUGCCCACCAAACCCACCAGCACCUACAUUGGCGAGGACAAUUGCGACUACCCUCAGAUCAAAGUAGAUGACCUCUCUUCCUCCCCAGCCUCCUCCCCUGAGCGAAGCACUUCCGCCCUUGAGAUUCAGCCGAGCCGGGGGUCACCAACCUCAGACAUAGAAUCAGUUGAGCGAAAGAUUUUUAAAGCUUACAAGUGGCUCCGUUACUCCUACAUCUCCUACUCAAAUAACAAAGACGGAGAGGCCUCCCUAAUAGCAGGGGACGCAGAUGAAGGGAGAGCAGGAACCAGCCACAAGGAAAACCCUGCCCCUUCUUCUAGUAAGGAAGCCUCUCUGAACACAGCCUUGGCCCAGAGGAAUCAGGACCUGUCCCCAGAAGGCUGCAGCAAAGAUGCAAGUAAAGAAGGGACGUCCAUUAGAAAUCUCAGUAGUGGCCCAGGCCAUGAGCACAGCAGCCAGCCUCGGGCAGAGGCACCAGAGGGCACCUCUCAGGACACCAGCAAUGGUAGCUCUGUAGAACACUCUUUUGAAACAAAGAAGCUCAAUGGAAAGGCCCUGAGCAAGGUCCUGAGCAGCCGGGCUGAAGAGCCACCCUCUCCCCCUGUCCCCAAGGCAUCUGGCUCCACUCUCAGCAGUGGAUCUGGCAACUGUUCUAGGACCCAGUCUGAUGACAGUGAGGAGCGGAACCUAGAAACCAUCUGUGCCAACCACAACAAUGGACGCUUACACCCCCGGCCCCCUCAUCCCCACAACAAUGGGCAGAACUUCGGGGAGCUGGAGGUAGUAGCCUGCUCUUCCCCAGGACACUCAGACACUGACCAUGAUAACUCACCCCUGACAGGGACUCUCUUACACAAAGAUUGUUGUGGGUCUGAAAUGGCCUGUGAAACCCCCAAUGCUGGAACAAGAGAGGACCCCACUGACACACCAGCCACAGACAGCAGCAGGGCUGUUCAUGGCCACAGUGGCCUCAAAAGGUACCGAGUUGAGUUGGAAGACACAGAUUCAGAGAAUUGCUCCUCAGAGAAGAAACUAAAAACAUGAUAAAUGCAAAGGGAAAACAAAAAGCUACAAAAAGUAGCCUUCAGAAAAUAUUCUUGUUUAGUGAACACAGCAGAAAGGAAAAAAGUAUUAAAGGCACAUAAAACCAGGGCCUGAAAUUUUGUGUCUGCUGCUGCUCCCUUCUAUUCAAUAUUCAACCGUGGGUCUGAAUGUCUAGCUGACUAUUGGCCUGUGUUGUGUUAGGAAUGGGGAGAGGUCCAAGUAACUCUUUUCUAGUGAGACAAGAGCAUUGUGCCCCUGUGCAAGGAUCUCUGAAAGUCAUUGUUGAGACAUUUGACCUGUUCUCCUCUGUGUGUGCACACUGGCACUGUGAGCUCACUGUCUUAUGAGACUUUUCUUCUAGUUGACCAUCAGAAAGGACCUGUGGGUUUGUAGUUUUUGCCAUCUCACCCUGUUCACAUGUCAUAGGUGUUCAGGUCUUAAGGAGGAGUGCCUGAUAGAUCAGAUUGUGCACCCAUUAAGUUGUAGGUUUAUACCUGCAGAAUAUAAACAAGGCUUCAGCCAUUGGCUCAGCUGGAGAGGAAAUCAUGGUUCCUUUCUUAAACCUUCCAUGUUUUCUCUAACACUUCUUCAAUGAGCAUAUAAUAUGGAGAUACUAAAAGUGAAGCAUUUUCAUUUCUAACAAGAGGUUAGAACUUCAGAUUCAAGAACAUAUAGCUCCCUGAUGAAUUUCAUUGUUUGCGAAUAUGUCAUAAAUUAUUGACUAGUCACGGAUAAUGCGCUUUAACCAGUUAGGUGCUAGUUCCGAAGAGACACUCAAAAGGCCAGGUGCUUCCUUGGCUCCGACUGAUGGUGACCAGGCAUACUAAAGAAGAGGGAAAGACAACUCUCCAGAGCUUUGUGUCCAGAUGACUAAAGUGCGUGUUAGAGGUGUGUUAAUGAAGUGUAGUAAAGACCAGAAUAUGGUAUUCUUUUAAUUCAACCCAAAACCAUUGGUCAGAAUUGAUGGGACUGGCGUCUUCCCUUGGGCUUGCAGUUGACCGAGGCUGUAGUAUUCUGAUUGAACUUUGCAGAGCAGUAGACAUCUCUUAAAGUGACAGAUUCUUAGUAAGAGGCAGAGGGUGUGGGAAGAGGAGUCUUUGCUUUAACUCCUGGCUCCCAAAAGAAAUUCAGUUCUGUUGAAGUAGGUAAUGUUUGAGGGGGGGGGAAAGGACAAGAGAUUUUCAGCAUUGUAAUGGUGGUGGUUACAGUCACUCAGUUAUCAGUGAAGGGUUGUGCAAGACAGCAAGACCUAAUAAGAAUGGUCAGAUGUCUUAUUGGCACAGACAUCAAGAAAGGCAGAAUACUGGCAAGGAAGAGAGAGAACAAUAUACUUUUCUUGAGCGCAAAGGUACUAGGCAACUAGGAGCUUUAUAAAAGGACAGGAGUUGGUGUAAGCCAAGAGGAGCUGCCAUCUUGCUAAGCUUUGUGGAAAGGAGGACGUGCCUAGUAUAUGUGUGAUGGGGCUGCGUGUGAGAGCACUGUUUUUGAGGGCAUGCAAGAGUGUGAGUAGAGUGGGAUGUACAGUUCACCUGGACUCUUACUGGGGGAGUGGAACGGUGGUUCUGUAACCAACAUUAGUUACUUUGGAUUUGUAAUUAAAAUGGUUCUAUGAUUUGUCUUUAACUAUUCACAGAUAAUUGUAAAUUCUGGUUUUAUAAGCCCAAGUUAUUUUACAUUUGCUUUUCCAAAAUGUAUUAAAUUGGAAUUUUGUAAUCCUUUAUAUACAAAAAAGAUACAACCA